UCUUGACAAACGUCAAAUACUGACGCGACAUCCGGGUACUGUAUGGUGGUGCUCGGGCUUGUUGCUGUUCACAGUAUUGCUCGGGCUGUCCAGUGGCACAUUACGCAUGACCUGUGUAAAUAUGCAGUUUGUAGCAUGCCCUGUGAGGUGAAGCCCAGGUUUGUGGUUCUGUAUGGAUCUCAGAAGGGACAAGCCCAGUCCAUAGCUGAGGGGGUAGCUGAGGAGGCAGAGGAGCACGGGCUGACUGCUGAGCUCUGCUGCUUGAAACAAAAUGAAAGGUACAAUUUGGAGAAGGAGAGAGCCCCAGUCGUGUUUAUUGUGUCUACUACUGGAGAUGGGGAACCACCAGACAAUGCCCUCCAGUUUGUAAGGCGCAUAAAGAAGAAGACCCUCCCUACUGACCAUUACACACACCUAUGCUAUGCACUUUUAGCUUUAGGAGACACAAACUAUGCAAACUUCUGUAACUGUGGGAAGACAAUUGAGAGUCGUCUACAGGAACUUGGAGCCAAACAAUUUUAUGCGGCAGGAUAUGCAGAUGAUGGUGUAGGGCUGGAGGUGGUAGUGGAUCCUUGGCUUGAAGGUCUGUGGAAAGCAAUCAAAGCUGCCUUAUCAAAAAUGGCUUCUGAUAGGGCAGAUUACUCGACAGGAGAAGCAGGGGACUCGUCAAAGGAUGCUCCUGAUUCAUCCGUUCCAGAUGUCCAGCUAAGCCUUUUAAGCAUCACUGACCAACAGAACUGUAAAUCCGCCAACUCAUCUGUGGAGACUGUCUCCACGUUUUCAUCUGCUGACUCAUCCUCAGUUUCAGCUUCUACUACACAGACUGCUGUUACUGAUCCCGGGCCAGCUUCUCCUUUGGGAAAUGACAGGUUGGCAUCCCAGUUCCACGAUGCUGCCAGUGUUUCUACAUCAAAACCAGGGACUCAGACCACAGAUGCUGGAGUUCCUCUUGUUGCACUGGCAGCCUCACUGAUAUUCUCCCUGCCACCACUGUCUGAUUCUUCUCUUAAUGUUCCCGCGCUGCCUCCUCCCUACCUGGACGUGUCUCUUCAGGAGGUGGACUUAAUGGAACAGACUGAUGGACUGAUGAUCAAAGACACUCUUUUUGAAGUUCCUGUAUCCAAGGCAGUUCAGCUGACCAGAGGAGACUCAGUCAAAACAGCUCUCCUCUUAGAGCUGGACGUCUCUGCGUACCCGAUGAUGACCUAUCAGCCAGGGGAUUCGUUUGAUGUGUUCUGCCCAAACAGAGCCUCUGAGGUGGAGGACAUGCUCCACAGAUUGGCCCUCCAUGACAAGAGGAACCAUCAAGUGAACGUAUCACUUCGUACAGAUACUAAGAAGAAAGCCGCUCAGGUGCCUCCUUACAUCCCUCAGAACAUCUCUCUGCUGUAUCUGUUCACAUGGUGUCUUGAGAUCAGAAGUGUUCCUAAAAAGGCGUUCCUCCGAGCACUGGUGGAGCAUACAGGGGACAGUGUGCAGAGGAGGAGACUGCAGGAGCUCUGCAGUAAACAAGGCGCUGCAGACUACAACCUGUACGUGAGGGACCAGAGCCUCAGCGUUUUGGAGCUUCUCGCAGCCUUCCCAUCAUGCUCUCCUCCUCUCAGCCUCCUCAUAGAGCAUUUGCCGAAACUGCAGCCCAGGCCUUAUUCAGCAGCCAGCUCCGGCCUCAGACACCCAGGAAAGCUGCAUUUUGUCUUCAAUGUGGUAGAGUUCCCAGCAUGCUCUCUGCGGCCUGCGGGAAAGCAGGGCUUGUGUACCGGUUGGCUGUUUGACCUCAUCAGUCCUGCCCUGGUUUUCUCUGGGAUGGAUGAAUCCUCCAGCACCCCAGACCUGCCAAAGAUCCAUGUGAAGUUGAGACCGAACUGCUCCUUUCGACCUCCACCCGACCUGUCGGUGCCCUUCAUAAUGGUUGGACCUGGCACUGGAGUUGCACCCUUCAUUGGCUUCCUCCAGCAAAGAGAACAGGAGAAGCAGGAGAAGCCCGAGGCCACAUUCGGCGAGACCUGGUUGUUCUUUGGGUGCCGUCACCGAGACAGAGACUUCCUGUUCAGAGAGGAGCUGGAGGGAUUUGUGUCCAGCGGUACCCUGAGCCACCUCAAGGUGUGCUUCUCCAGAGACGACCAGGAGGAGGAGGGACGACCCAAAUACGUCCAGGACAACCUGCUAAUUAACAGGCAACAUGUCAUGGAAGUCCUGCUCCAGCAGAAGGGUUACCUCUUUGUCUGCGGAGAUGCUGAGAACAUGGCUAAGGACGUGAACAACACCCUGAUAGAGAUGAUAAAGGCAGAGCUCCAGGUUGAUCAACUGGACGCCAUGAAGACACUGGCGGGGCUGAGAGAGGAGAAACGCUACUUGCAGGACAUCUGGGGCUGACAGCGUUAGACAAGAUAAGGGAGUUCUGCAGCAUCCACUCGUCUCUUCAACACCUUUAAAAAAAAAAAAAAAAAAAAAAAAAAAAAUCAGCCUCCUCAGCUGUAACCUCUAGAACCGUAAAACUGCGGAUGCUGAAGCCUAGACUUACUUUACACCAGCCUAUGCCUCAAAGAUGGAAUGUAGCUUGCUGACCCGAGGAUAUCAGUCCACUACAUCAUCUCAGGCUCUGCUGUUUGAACAGAAAUGACCUUGGUCAGGGCAGUGUUGCUGGAGAUUGGUCCCUCAGUGUGAAAAUGCUUUUAGCGUCGACAAGCCUCUUUCCCUGCCUUCGUCCUGUCUGGGGAAAAGGCAUUUACUUCCGUCGUCUGUGAUGGAGUGACUUUGAUGAGACUGAGAGCGGGAUAUAGCUGCAACCUAAAUGGAAACAACAGAGCAAUUUUAAACAACACACCAACAGUAAAUCGUUUAUUGUCAUUCAGGAGGAAUGAAAAUGUUUUUUAAGUUAUGGAGUAUUUUUUUCUGGACUCAACACAACACCUCCGACUGCACCACAGUUUAGCUCAAAAGUCACACACGGUUAUUAUUCUUUAACUUUUAAAUUAUUAUUUUACAGUUCAUCUCAAUAACAAAGAGUAAGUUUGAUCCGUUUGUUUUAGCUUAAUGUGGUUUAAUGAAGGGAUGAAACGGGUCCUCAACAGACACAUGAGGAACAAUUAAAACAGCGAGUUGAAAAAUGAAACACAAUACCCUUUAAUACCAGCAGAGGGCACUGUCUGCCUUAAAGUUCUCUUGUUCAGCGUUUUCCGUCUUUUAUGUUUGUAGCAGAAUAGAGGAAUACAGACACUAAUAUAUUUGCAGACUGAUUUAGCAUUUUUAAUCCAUAUUCAAUCAUCUAUUGAUAAACUGGUUGACAAUAUCAUUCUCUCUCUCUCCUUCCAACUCUCUUUUCUUCCUUGCAUGCAUGUUGUCAAUGAUGUCUGCACACAACAGACGUUACAACUCUGUUCGAGCUGAUGCUGCUUCAUUGCUGAUCAUUCUUUCUGCUGUUUUCAUUUGCUCCUGUAACUUUACUACCAAGAAGAAGCAUCUCCUGUCCUUUCAAAAUAAAAGCAUGUCUGCUGUCAAAACAGGAACAAACUAAUCUGGGCGUGAGACAUAAAAAGGCAAAGUACAAGAUUAAUAAAUACAUGUUUUACGAGGCAAUGUCUUCACUAAAGCAUGGACAUAACCAUAAAGCUUAAAAUGUGAUUUCUUUCAUCACUUUUUAUGGAUGUAUCAUGAACCCAGCAUCAUGAAUUAUAAUGUGCAGGUCAAGGUUUUUUUUUUAUUCAAAGUAUUGAGAUGAUGAAUAUCUUUUCAUCCUAUUUCAGGUUGAAGGAAAACGUUUUUUAAAAAGUGUUGAACUAAACCAAAACUCUCCUGUAAAUGAAGUCUCUGGAUGCAGAUACGUUUCAGAGCUUUGUUAUUCUCCUGUAUUAAAUUGUGGAGAGCUGAGAAUCCCAAUGAUAAUCCCCCGCUCUAAAUAUAUCAGGCUAACUCUGUUUGUGUCUGUCGGCCCCAGCUGACUGCCAGUUUUGGAAAGAGUGAACUCCAACUUUUCUAAGUCCCUGCAAACCCAACGAAAAUCUCCCAAACUGUGGUGAAAUUAAACACAACUGUGCCUUGUGUGAUCAGGAAUUAAAAGACAUUUCAGUGUAAACUA